AGCCACUCCACCCCCCUCCACCCCAUUCUCUGCAGAUUUUCCUCCCCGCUUUCAUCCAUCCCUUCUCUCUCUCUCUCCCCUUCUCUCUCUCUCCCCCCUUCUCUCUCUCUCCCCCUCAAUACACCCCCCGCUUUCCCCAACACGGCACCCGCAUGAUGGCCACGCCAAACGGGCCAAGCCCGGUGCCGGCCUUCUUCCGCGACGCGCCGCAGCGGACUCCCCUCGACGCGGUGGGCGCCGCCGCCCCGGCAGUGGGGGAGUUUCUGGCCCCAGCAGCCGGGUCCCCGGCGGCGGCCUUCGACUCCGCCUCCUUGGCGGUGGUGGUCUUCCCUUCGGAUUCCCGAGUGGCCGGGCAUCUGUUCGAGGCGCGCACCCUCUGUGGCAGUCUCUCGGCCCUGUGGACGCAACGCCCCAGGGCCGGGGACAGGACAUCUGCCGUACCGGGCUCCGACCUGGUUUGCGACACCUGCUCGCAGGCGUGCGUCACCCUGCCCGGGGUGGACGCCGGUGGCGGGGCCGACGCUCCACCGGCCCCGGGACGCUUCCUCUCGGAACCGGGGCUCGGGGUGACAGCGGUGCCAGAGGCGCCGGCCCGGGCGAUCUCCGACCCGACGCCGGACACCGGGUCUCCCGGCGCCGGGCUCGCUCUGUCGCCGCUGCUGGAUGACAUCUUCUCCACGGCCAAUCGCCUGGCUUUGUCCUUCGAGCCGGAUGAAAUUGCCGCCCUCAGCCAUGUGUUCCUGCAGCUUGGUCGCGAGCUGGAUGGCUCGGACACCGUUUCCACCACCCUCUGCCCGACGGACCUGAGCAACUCCUCGGUCGCCGAGCGGCCAAUUGUCCUGAAGCCACAGCGGUCAUAUGUGCACCAUCGCCAUGCGGCGGCCGCCGUGGUGGCCCUGGGGACUCGACGUGCAACCGGCUACGGUCCGGGGCCCCUGUCCGGGGCGUCCUCCUCGCCGGCCCUGCAGUCGCUGCCGACCAUCUCCCUGCAUCUUGGCGGGGCCGGGCCAUCGGCCUCGGCAGCCUCGGCCUCGGCCUCGGCCUCGGCGGCUUCCUCCACCCCGGCAGGCUCUCUGCCCUCUUCUUCCUUCCCGGCAAUCACCGUGGACCCCCAGUCGCCGGGUCUCGGUAGUGCCAGCAGCUCGCCGGCUCUCGGGCCGAUCGCCCAGGCGACUGGCGGCCAGUCGCCGACCGCCUCCAUCCCCGGGGCCCUGUCCACAUCAGGCUCCUCCUCGUCGCUGGUGGUGCCAGGCCUGUCGUCCGGCUCGUCGCCGCUUUCCACCACGGCGCCGGUGGGGGCCCCAGCCGCCGGGGCCACCAGUGGAGGCCCCGGGCGCGCUGCCUACCCAAGCCUCGGCCUGGCGCCGCUGUCGAUCUCCUCCCUGCCGGGCUUCAGCGGGUCGCACCCGUCCAUCUCGAAUCUCAGCACGCCUCGGUCAUCGGCUCUCUCCGGCGGGUCGUCCCCACUCCUGGCGUCUUUUUCAUCGGUGGAGUUGCUUCCGCCCCUGUCCGGGCCCAUGUCUCUGGUCGUGGCCAAGUGCGGCCCGGUGGCUGUGGCCGUGGUUGCCUGUCACAGCGCACUCCCGACGCCGGUGGGCGCGGACGCCGUUCCCGGCCCCGGUGGGCGUCCUGGCGCUGGCGGCGUGUCCCUGGCCAAGUCCUGCGCCUCCUCGCCGGAUCAUCUGCACGACGCCUUCCGGCGCCUCCUCCUGCACCGGCUGGCCAUCCCCGCGGCGCAGGUGUUCGCUGCCCAGUGGCAUGCGGAUGUUUUGCGUGCCGUGUCGGCCGGCCUGCCGGAUGAACGCCUGGCCGAUGACACUCCGCUGCAUUUCCGGGACUUCCACGCGGACAUCUCCCUCCUUCUUGGCCGAGCGGCCGGGCUGAAUGCCUUCCGGUUCCCGCUGAUCCGGCCCAUUCCCUUGUUGCUGCCCUCGGGCUUCCGCCGGGUCUCGUGGUUCCCGGUGGAUGAUGUGCUUGACAGCCUUUCGGCUCUGUCGCUGGAGGCGGACUAUUUUGACCGGCAGGUGACCGGCGUCGGUGGGGCCCCUGCGGCUGGGAGCGCCCCCCGGCUGCGUUUCUCCCAUCGGUGCCAGUGCGCCGCGCUGACGGAGGCCAUCGACGCCGGGUUGGCCUCGGCGCCGCGGCCCCCGCCGCCGGAGGCCGCCACCGAUGAGGACGCCCACUUGCUGGCCCUCAGCGGGGGAUCCCAUCGAUCCAUGUCGACUUGUUCCUUCACAACAGCCAUCUGA